AUGGCUGCUCACGUGGAAGAUGACAAGCUGAUGAUCCACUAUUUCCAAGAUAGCUUUAGUGGGGCUCCUUCCAAAUGGUAUUUGAGUCUGGAUCAUAGUAGGAUCAGAUGCUUCCAAGACCUAUCAGACGCCUUCAUCAAACACUACAAAUACAACAUGGACAUGGCUCCUGAUAGGAGACAACUGCAAAGUAUGUUUCAGCAUGACAAAGAAUCCUUUAAGGAGUAUGCUCAGAGAUGGAGGGAAAUGGCUUCUCAAGUUGAACCACCUCUUGCCGAAAAGGAACUUGCUGAGUUAUUCAUCGACACUGUCCAACCCCAAUUCUAUGAGAAGAUGAAAGGUUUGGUGGUUCCUAGACCUAUGGGACCUCCACUUGAUCAUUUUCCUCCAUGGGAUAUGGGACCAAACGUGAAGAACAAUCCUCUUCCUUCCCAUGGAGACCCUACAGUGAAUGCAAUUGAAGAUUCCUAUGAUAAUGUUAUGGUUGAGAAGGUUGAUGAUGUCAAGACUCCUUUGGCAGCAUUCCACGCCCGAUUGGUGGAAGCGGGCCUGAUUGAUGUUUAUCAUGACAGCUGUGAAGAGUGUGCCACACACCUAAGGGGCUUUCAGAUGGUACGAGAUAAUAUUCAAGACUUGAUGAAUAAAGGAGUGUUUCAAAUCUCUAGUGUUGUAAAUAACGAAGAUGUGUUGGUAAUUGAACCUUGUUUCAAUUUACCUGAACUAGUUGAAAUCCCUUGCUAUAGUAGAAGAGUGGUGCCUGAGAAUAGUCAUCUGUCACCUGUUGAGAUUUGUAUGCCUACGUUGUUUCUGUAUGAAAGCACCAAGGUUGUGCCUUGGAGAUAUGAGGUUACCAUUGUGGAUAAGAUCGUUGGAGGAAGUGCAGAUGGUGAAGUGACAGAAGCUGUGAAUGAGGAUGUCACCAAUAUUGUAGGAAUGAGCAGAAUGACCCAUAGUGGUCGAAUCUAUACGCCUGAAUUCAAUGUGACUCCUCAAGUUCUAGCCAAGGAAUCUAUAGUUAUAGCUCCUACUAAAGAACCUGAAGCGGUCCAAUCUGAAGAUGUUGGUGAGUUCUUGAAGUUGAUCAAGAGUAGUGACUACAAGGUUGUGGAUCAGCUGCAUCAAACACCAUCUAAGAUUUCUAUUUUGUCUCUAUUAUUGAACUCCCAAGCCCAGAGGGAGGCUUUAUUGAAGGUGCUUGCCCAAGCUCAUGUAACACAAAGCAUAAUGGUAGUCCAGUUUGGUAGGGUGGUUGUAAACAUCACAGCUUGCAAUACUUUAAGCUUUAGUGGAGAGGAAUUACCUGAAGAUGGAAAAAAUCACAAUCGUGCUCUCCAUAUCUCAGUGAAGUGCAAAUAUGAUGCUUUGGUAAGAGUUUUGGUUGAUACCAGAUCUUCUUUAAAUGUGAUGCCAAAGAGAACACUCUCCAAGUUAUCUUAUCAAGGACCAGCUAUGAAGUUGAGUGCCCUGAUAGUGAAAGCUUUUGAUGGUUCCCGGAGAACCGUGAUUGGAGAGGUAGAAUUACCCAUAUUGAUUGGACCUCACAUAUUCCCGAUUAAUUUCCAAAUCAUGGAUAUUAAUUCGAUGUAUAGCUACUUAUUGGGGCGUCCCUGGAUUCAUGCUAUAGGGGCAGUUACCUCCACUUUACAUCAGAAAAUGAAGUUCGUGAUGGACAAUCAAUUGAUCAUCAUUUAUGGAGAGGAGGACUUUGUGGUCAGUCACCUUUCAUCCUUUAGGUAUAUCGAGGCAGAUGAGGACGCUUUGGAAACUUCUUUCCAAACUCUUGAAAUAGCCAACGCCACUUUUGUGGAGAUGAAGGACCCUAUUGGGAAAUCUUGUUCAUCUUUUGCUUCUCUGAAAAGCGUAAAGUCUAACAUUGAAGGAGGAAACCUUGAAGGUUGGGGUCAGCUUAUUGAUGUUCGUGAGAAGCAUGAUCGCUUUGGUCUGGGAUAUGUGCCUUCCGCUGCGAAAGGAGCCUGA